GAGAGAGAGAGAGUGGAGAACCGGAGGGCUUUCAUGAAGCUGCGACGCCAGCAGCAGAUUGAGCGGGAGCUGAACGGGUACCGCGCCUGGAUCGACAAAGCGGAGGAAGUCAUGCUUGCUGAAGAAAAUAAAAAUGCUGGCACAUCAGCCUUGGAAGUGCUUCGAAGGGCCACCAUCAAACGCAGCCGCACGGAGGUCAUGACUCGAGACUCCAGCGACGAGCACUGUGUGGAUAUCUCCUCCGUGGGCACACCCCUCGCCCGAGCCAGCAUCAAAAGCGCAAAGGUGGACGGGGCCUCCUAUUUCCGGCACAAGGAAAGGCUUCUGCGCAUCUCUGUCCGCCACAUGGUGAAAUCCCAGGUGUUUUACUGGAUUGUGCUGAGCCUGGUGGCUCUCAACACCGCCUGCGUGGCCAUCGUCCAUCACAACCAGCCCCAGUGGCUCACCCACUUCCUCUACUAUGCAGAAUUUCUGUUUCUGGGACUCUUCCUCUUGGAGAUGUCCCUGAAGAUGUACGGCAUGGGGCCUCGCCUUUAUUUCCACUCUUCCUUCAACUGCUUUGAUUUUGGGGUCACAGUGGGCAGUAUCUUUGAAGUGGUCUGGGCCAUCUUCAGACCUGGAACAUCUUUUGGAAUCAGUGUCUUGCGAGCUCUCCGGCUUCUAAGAAUAUUUAAAAUAACCAAGUACUGGGCAUCCCUACGGAAUUUGGUGGUCUCCUUGAUGAGUUCCAUGAAGUCUAUCAUCAGUUUGCUCUUCCUCCUCUUCCUCUUCAUCGUGGUCUUUGCUCUCCUAGGAAUGCAGCUGUUUGGAGGCAGGUUUAACUUUAAUGAUGGGACUCCUUCGGCAAACUUUGACACUUUCCCUGCAGCCAUCAUGACUGUAUUCCAGAUCCUGACAGGCGAGGACUGGAAUGAGGUGAUGUACAAUGGGAUCCGCUCCCAGGGUGGGGUCAGCUCAGGCAUGUGGUCAGCCAUCUAUUUCAUUGUGCUCACCUUGUUUGGAAACUACACGCUGCUGAACGUGUUCUUGGCCAUCGCUGUGGACAAUCUGGCCAACGCCCAGGAGCUGACCAAGGAUGAGCAGGAAGAAGAGGAGGCUUUCAACCAGAAGCACGCGCUGCAGAAGGCCAAGGAGGUCAGCCCGAUGUCCGCACCCAACAUGCCUUCUAUCGAAAGAGACAGAAGGAGAAGACACCACAUGUCGAUGUGGGAGCCACGCAGCAGCCACCUGCGGGAGCGGAGGCGCCGCCACCACAUGUCGGUGUGGGAGCAGCGCACCAGCCAGCUGAGGCGGCACAUGCAGAUGUCCAGCCAGGAGGCCCUCAACAAGGAGGAGGCCCCGCCCAUGAACCCGCUCAACCCCCUCAACCCACUGAGCCCCCUCAACCCGCUCAACGCCCACCCCAGCCUCUACCGGAGAUCCCGGCCCCUGGAGGGGCUGGCCCUGGGCCUGGGCCUGGAGAAGUGUGAGGAGGAGCGCAUCAGCCGCGGGGGGUCCCUCAAGGGGGACGCAGGGGACCUCUCCAGUGCCCUGGACCACCAGAGGAGCCCCUUGCCACUGGGCAAACGGGAGCCGCCGUGGCUGGCCAGGCCCUGCCAUGGGAACUGUGACCCCACCCAGCAGGAGGCUGGGGGAGGGGAGGCGGUGGUGACCUUUGAGGACCGGGCCAGGCACAGGCAGAGCCAGCGGCGUAGCCGGCACCGCCGAGUCAGAACGGAAGGCAAGGAGCCCUCCUCCGCCUCCCAGAGCCGGUCGGCCAGCCAGGAGCGGGGCCUGGAUGACGGCGUGCCCACCGAGGGGGAGAAGGACCGCGAGCCCAGGGGCGGCCAUGGGGGCAAGGAGCCCACAAUCCAGGAAGAAGAGAGAGCCCAGGACUUGAGGAGGACCAACAGUCUGAUGGUGCCCCGAGGCUCUGGGCUGGCAGGAGCCCUCGAUGAGGCUGACACCCCCCUCGUCCCGCCGAACACAGAACCAGAAGAGGGGAAGGUGCUGACGGAGCAGGAGCCUGAGGGCAGCAGCGAGCAAGCCCUGCUGGGGGACGUGCAGCUGAACGUGGGCCGGGUCAGCCAGAGCGAGCCCGACCUCUCCUGCGUCACGGCCAACACGGACAAGGCCGCCACCGAGAGCACCAGCGUCACUGUCGCCAUCCCCGACGUGGACCCCCUGGUGGACUCGACCAUGGUGCACAUCAGCAACAAGACUGAUGGCGAAGCCAGUCCCUUGAAGGAGGCAGAGAUCAAAGAGGAGGAGGAGGAAGAGGAGAAGAAGCAGAAGAAGGAGAAGCGUGAGACGGGCAAAGCCAUGGUGCCCCACAGCUCCAUGUUUAUCUUCAGCACCACCAACCCGAUCCGCAGGGCCUGUCACUACAUCGUGAACUUGCGCUACUUUGAGAUGUGCAUUCUCCUGGUGAUUGCGGCCAGCAGCAUCGCCCUGGCGGCCGAGGACCCGGUCCUGACCAACUCGGAGCGCAACAGAGUCCUGCGGUACUUUGACUAUGUUUUCACGGGUGUGUUCACCUUUGAGAUGGUUAUAAAGAUGAUCGACCAGGGCUUGAUUCUGCAGGACGGGUCCUACUUCCGAGACCUGUGGAACAUCCUGGACUUCGUGGUGGUGGUUGGUGCGCUGGUGGCCUUUGCUUUGGCAAACGCUUUGGGAACCAACAAGGGGCGGGACAUCAAGACCAUCAAGUCCCUGCGGGUGCUCCGCGUGCUGAGGCCUCUGAAGACCAUCAAGCGCCUGCCCAAGCUCAAGGCUGUCUUUGACUGCGUGGUGACCUCAUUGAAGAACGUCUUCAACAUCCUCAUUGUCUACAAGCUCUUCAUGUUCAUCUUUGCUGUUAUCGCCGUUCAGCUCUUCAAGGGAAAGUUCUUUUAUUGCACGGACAGUUCCAAGGACACAGAGAAGGAGUGCAUAGGCAACUACGUAGAUCACGAGAAAAACAAGAUGGAGGUGAAAGGUCGGGAAUGGAAGCGCCAUGAAUUCCACUACGACAACAUCAUCUGGGCUCUACUGACCCUCUUCACUGUCUCCACGGGGGAAGGAUGGCCUCAGGUUUUGCAGCAUUCUGUCGAUGUGACGGAGGAAGACCGAGGCCCGAGCCGCAGCAACCGCAUGGAGAUGUCCAUCUUUUACGUGGUCUACUUUGUGGUCUUCCCUUUCUUCUUUGUCAACAUCUUCGUGGCUCUCAUCAUCAUCACCUUCCAGGAGCAAGGGGACAAGAUGAUGGAGGAGUGCAGCCUGGAGAAGAACGAGAGGGCGUGUAUCGACUUCGCCAUCAGCGCCAAGCCGCUCACCCGCUACAUGCCGCAGAACAGGCACACCUUCCAGUACCGCGUCUGGCACUUCGUGGUGUCUCCGUCCUUUGAGUACACCAUCAUGGCCAUGAUCGCCUUGAACACCAUCGUGCUGAUGAUGAAGUACUACUCUGCGCCCUGUACUUAUGAGCUGGCCCUGAAGUACCUGAAUAUCGCCUUCACCAUGGUGUUUUCCUUGGAAUGUGUCCUGAAGAUCAUCGCGUUUGGCUUCUUGAACUAUUUCCGAGACACCUGGAAUAUCUUCGACUUCAUCACCGUGAUCGGCAGCAUCACAGAAAUCGUUCUGACGGACAGCAAGCUGGUGAACACCAGCGGCUUCAAUAUGAGCUUCCUGAAGCUCUUCCGCGCCGCCCGCCUCAUCAAGCUUCUGCGUCAGGGCUACACCAUCCGGAUUUUGCUCUGGACCUUCGUGCAGUCCUUCAAGGCCCUGCCCUACGUCUGCCUUUUGAUUGCCAUGCUGUUCUUCAUCUAUGCCAUCAUUGGAAUGCAGGUAUUUGGAAACAUAAAGUUGGAUGAGGAGAGUCACAUCAACCGGCACAACAACUUCCGGAGUUUCUUUGGGUCCCUCAUGCUGCUCUUCAGGAGUGCCACAGGCGAGGCCUGGCAGGAGAUAAUGCUGUCGUGCCUCGGGGAGAAAGGCUGUGAGCCCGACACCACGGCGCCCUCCGGGCAGAACGAGAAUGAACGCUGCGGCACCGAUCUGGCCUACGUUUACUUUGUCUCCUUCAUCUUCUUCUGCUCCUUCUUGAUGCUUAACCUGUUCGUGGCCGUCAUCAUGGACAACUUCGAGUACCUGACUCGGGACUCGUCCAUCCUGGGGCCUCACCACUUGGAUGAGUUUGUCCGCGUCUGGGCAGAAUACGACAGAGCUGCAUGUGGCCGCAUCCAUUACACUGAGAUGUAUGAAAUGCUGACUCUCAUGUCACCACCGCUAGGCCUCGGCAAGAGAUGUCCCUCCAAAGUGGCCUAUAAGAGGUUGGUCCUGAUGAACAUGCCCGUGGCGGAGGACAUGACAGUGCACUUCACCUCCACCCUGAUGGCUCUGAUCCGGACUGCUCUGGACAUCAAGAUCGCCAAAGGUGGUGCUGACAGGCAGCAGCUAGACUCGGAGCUACAGAAAGAGACCCUGGCCAUCUGGCCUCACCUGUCCCAGAAGAUGCUAGAUCUGCUUGUGCCCAUGCCCAAAGCCUCUGACCUGACUGUGGGCAAAAUCUAUGCAGCAAUGAUGAUCAUGGACUACUAUAAGCAGAGUAAGGUGAAGAAGCAGAGGCAGCAGCUGGAGGAACAGAAAAAUGCACCCAUGUUCCAGCGCAUGGAGCCCUCGUCUCUGCCGCAGGAGAUCAUCGCCAAUGCCAAAGCUCUGCCUUACCUCCAGCAGGACCCCGCUCCAGGCCUGAGUGGCCGGAGUGGGUACCCUUCGAUGAGUCCGCUCUCCCCCCAGGAAAUAUUCCAGCUGGCGUGUAUGGACUCAGCCGAUGACGGACAGUUCCAGGAGGAGCAGGCUCUGGUAGUAACAGACCCCAGCUCCAUGAGACGUUCGUUUUCCACUAUUCGGGACAAGCGUUCAAAUUCCUCGUGGUUGGAGGAAUUCUCCAUGGAGCGAAGCAGUGAAAACACCUACAAGUCCCGGCGCCGGAGUUACCACUCCUCCCUGCGGCUGUCAGCCCACCGGCUGAACUCGGACUCCGGCCACAAGUCUGACACCCACCGCUCAGGGGGCAGAGAGCGGGGACGAUCGAAAGAACGAAAGCAUCUUCUCUCCCCCGAUGUCUCCCGCUGCAACUCAGAGGAGCGAGGGACCCAGGCCGACUGGGAGUCCCCAGAGCGUCGCCAGUCCAGGUCGCCCAGUGAGGGCAGGUCACAGACGCCCAAUAGACAGGGCACGGGCUCCUUGAGUGAAAGCUCCAUCCCCUCCAUCUCUGACACCAGCACCCCAAGACGAAGUCGUCGGCAGCUCCCACCCGUCCCCCCGAAGCCUCGGCCCCUCCUGUCCUACAGCUCGCUGAUUCGACACACGGGAAGCAUCUCUCCCCCGGCGGAUGGGAGCGAGGGCGGCUCCCCGCUGACCUCCCAGGCUCCGGAGAGCAACGACGCAGGCCUGCCCGAGUCUUCCAGGCCCCCGCACGGCCACCCCUCCCCGCAGCGCUACAUCUCCGAGCCCUACCUGGCCCUGCACGAAGACGCCCAAGCCUCGGACUGCGGCGAGGAGGAGACGCUCACCUUCGAAGCGGCCGUGGCCACCAGCCUGGGCCGUGCCAACACCAUCGGCUCAGCCCCGCCCCUGCGACACAGCUGGCAGAUGCCCAACGGGCACUAUCGGCGGCGGAGGCGUGGGGGCCCGGGGCCGGGCAUGAUGUGUGGAGCAGUCAGCGACCUCCUGAGUGACACGGAAGAAGACGACAAAUGCUAGAGGCUGCUCCCCCCUCCGAUGCAUGCUCUUCUCUCACACGGAGAAAACCAAGACCGAAUUGGGAAGCCAGUGCGGCCCGGGGGGGAGGAGGAGGGAAGGACCGUGUGCUUAUCAGAGGAGGAAAGGACCAACGGCAACCAGUCGAACCCACCAAAUUGCUUUACUUCCCUUUGCAAGAUGGGCACUGCCAUAGUUCUGCCUCUUUGCUGGGGAAAGAAGACGAGAGAACAUGGAGGGUGGCCCCUGGAGAGGGGACACCGGGAUCGCUCUGCUUCCACUGCCCCUUCCCACUUUGCUAAAAGCCGUGGAGGAAGUGAGCUGGCCUGUGUCCAUGUCCAUUGCCCUGCGACGCCUGGAAGCCUUUCUGGCUCAUAACUGGGGGGGCGGGGGGUUGUGGUGACCCUAGGAAGGGAGUCUCCUCCCUCCCUCACCAAGGGCCUCAAGGCAGAGUCUGUUUUCCACCAGCACCAUCCGCUGGGGCCAUUGCAUCUCACGCGUCACCCUGGGGCUGGCUUCCCCAAAGAAGCACAGACUAAGUUGAGGAGC